CCGUAGGGAGCAAUCCGUAAGCAAUAAGUGCAUCAUGAGUACUAUCGAACAAGAUUUCGUACAGGGCAAUGAAAGAAUAAGCGAGUCAUCGAUGUACGUCGAUGUAACAGCAGUUCAAGUUACAUACAGUGAUAUGGUCUCGGAGCCACACUUACAAGAGGCGUUUACAGUCGACCGUACAAAAUCACCCGAUAAUAAAUUAGAAAUCAGUCCUGAGCCACAACCUAGGGAGCAAUCCGUAAUCCACGAGGGCGUCACGAGUCUUAUGGAACAAAAGGACAAACAGGACAAUGAAAGAACAAUCGAAUCGUUGAUGCACGUCGCAGUUGGGCUUAUUCUACGAGUGGAGUGACGUGAGAUUGCUCGAAUGACGUGAGAAGAGUCGUAUAGCCCCAUUUGAAUAACAUGGUCACCUCACGUGAGAAUUGCUAAAAUCGACUCACCUCACGUCACUCGACUCGUAGAAUAAGCCCAAGUAACUGGUGUGGGUCACUGCGUCGUUCAAGUAUCGAAUAGUGAUGUGUUUUCGGAGCCGAACUUACAAGAAGCUAGUACAGUCAACCGUACCAAACCAACCGAUCAUAAUGUUUUAUUGAGUUUAACUCCUGAGCAAAGUCAGCAAUUCACAAUUCACAAGCAAGGAGGAUAUUAUGAUCAAUGUGGAACAUAAUGUUAAGCAGAACGAUGAAAGAACAAGCGAAGACUUCACAUUGGAUCGACUUAGAUCUGGAAAAACAAGGGAGGAACGUCGACCUUUGUUUGAUAUAAGUAAUGAAAUGGAUCAUCGUUCUCAAUUGUACAGAAAAAAAGGAAUGCGUUACAAGAUUAUGGAGCUUGACUCUGCAGCAUAUGAUCUCAUGACAGGUGGAAACAUGAAUUAUAGUUUCAAACAAGCAAAUAUGCAAUUGCCAAGUAUCAAAACAUUGAAACGACACAUUGCCAGAAAUACUGAAGAUACGAAGGAAGCCACGGUCAUGAUUCAGCCUCUUCUCAAUUAUUUACAUACGAAUCAGUAUCCAUUAGUUGUAGCGUUGAGUGAAGACGCGACUGCUCUUUCUCCAAAUCCGGAGUAUGACAGUAGGACCGAUUCACUGCGAGGUUUAGUUGCACCUUUGGACGAGCACGGUAUACCCAUCAAGGAUUACUUCAAAGUUCGUAAAAUGAUUACAGACUUGACUUCACAUCAUGUGGGAGAACAUUUAUACAUAAUAAUGGCUACACCAAUGGCUGUUGGAGCAUCGCCUAUAUGCAUAUUCUACAUGUGUAGUGACAAUCGCUUUACAUGUGACGAUGUGCUGUCCAGAUGGUCAUUUAUUGAAGCGGAAUUGAAUAAAGCUGGAAUAACGGUGAUCUGCAAUGCCUCCGAUGGCGACCCACGACUACUUAAGGCUAUGAAAAUAAGAUCUGGUAUUACGAAACCGGUUUUCCAUCAACUUUAUGGGCCCUACUUUAACGCGAAUAUGAAUGAUGCACCUAUUUCCAUAGAGAUGAGUGACGUUUAGCGCUCGCACACUA